GAUUUACAAUCCGGUGUGGACUCAAUACACCUUAAUUCAAUUCCACUCAACGCAACCCAAAUCAACUCAGCUCAACCUCAACGUACCCCAAUCGACUCAGCUCAACUCAACCCAAUUCAAAUCACCCCAGCGGAUCUUAAGAAGCCGAUCGACAACACUGCAUAUCAGUCCUUUAUAAGAGAAGAAAGAAAAAGAGGAAUGAAAAUGAGAAUUGAACGAGAAAAGGCAAAAGGGGAGGAGGGAAAAGAAGAGGAACGAACUGCGAUGAGGUACGCUUCCGAGAAAUUACUUUCAUCACCUUGUCUACGCCUCAAAAAUUCUUGA